GGCCCGGCCCAGCUCCGCGGGGCCAUGGCCGAGUGGGCGCCCGCCCAGGUGCAGGAGUGGAACGUGGAAGCCCCCCACCUGAUGCCGCUGCAGCCGCCGCUGCUGCCGGAGCGGGCGCACGUGCGGGAGGCUCAGCUGCACUCGGCCGAGGCCUCGCUCUGGACCGUGGUGGCCACGGUGCAGGCCAUGGAGAGGAAGAUCGACCUCCUGGCCACCCGCCUGCUCAGCCUGGAGGGGAGAUCCGGCACGGCCGAGAAGAAGCUGAUCGACUGCGAGAAGACAACCAUGGAGUUUGGGAACCAGCUGGAGAGCAAGUGGGCCGUGCUGGGCACCCUGAUCCAGGAGUACGGGCUGCUCCAGCGGCGCCUGGAGAACGUGGAGAACCUGCUGAAGAACAGGAACUUCUGGGUGCUGCGGCUGCCCCCCGGCCCCCGGGGUGAGGUCCCCAAGGUGCCGGUGACGUUUGUUGACAUCGCCGUCUACUUCUCGGCGGAGGAGUGGAAGAAUUUGGAGGAGUGGCAGAAGGAGCUGUACAAUAACCUGGUGAAGGAGAACUACGAGUCUUUGAUCUCCCUGGAUGGUGCCCUCUCCAGAAGCGAGGUGCAGCCCCGCAGCGAGCGUGGGGACGGUCCCUGUGUCCCCGAGCCGAGGGAGCUGGAGCCGAGGGACCUGCCACCCGAGGCCUGUGCGGAGUCGCUGAUCUCCACCUCUGACAUCCUGUCACGGAUCAAGCAGGAGGUGGCCUUCGUGGGGGAGCAGCAGUUCACGGAGGAGCGGGGGAUGCCAGCAGACCCCUGUGCAGGCGCCGAUGCCCUGAUCACGGCCCAUGACUUCUUGUCGUGGAUCAAGCAGGAGGAGGAGCCCUGUGUCCGCGAGCCCUGGGAGCUGCCAGAGAGGGAGAUGCUGACUGGUCCCGGCCCCGCCGCCGAGGGGCUGCUGGUGAAGACGGAGGAGCGGUGCCCCCACGCUGAGCCCCCCGAGGAGGUGGGACUGCCGGGAGGCUCCGGGGAGCUGCUCUUCACGGGUGUGGGCUUCGGGACCCCCGAGGGACAGGCGGCGGUGCCGGCAGCGGUGGGGCUGCCAGCGCAGCACAGACUGGCCAAAACCCCGUGCAACGAAGCGGGGCCGGGGCCCGAGGGGGCGGGGGUCCCCAGCGGCGCGGCGGGCCCCCCCGAGGAGCGCCCGCACGGCUGCUCGGAGUGCGGGAAGAGCUUCAGCGGGAAGAAGAGCCUGCGGAUCCACCAGCGCAGCCACGCGGCCGAGCGGCCCUACCCCUGCGCCGAGUGCGGGAAGAGCUUCAACUGCCACUCGGGGCUGGUGCGGCACCAGAUGAUCCACCGCGGGGAGCGGCCCUACAAGUGCUCGGAGUGCGGGAAGUGCUACAGCCGCAAGGAGCACCUGCAGAACCACCAGCGGCUGCACACCGGGGAGCGGCCCUUCGCCUGCGCCGCCUGCGGCAAGAGCUUCAUCCGCAAGCAGAACCUGCUCAAGCACCAGCGCAUCCACACCGGGGAGCGGCCCUACCAGUGCCCGGCCUGCGGGCGCAGCUUCCGAUACAAGGAGUCCCUCAAGGAUCACCAGCGGGUCCACGGCGCCGAGGCUGGGGGGCCCCCACCUUUGCCUCCCCCCCCGCCCCCCAGCAUUAUGCCCCCCGGGGGCGGGAGCAGCCCAGGCCGCGGGGGGGGGCCGGGGGCGGCGGGGGCGUCCCCCGGGGGGGAGGCGGAGGAGGGCAGCGACUCCUCUGUCAGGGCCCCGUGCAGCGGGGAGCGGGUCGGGGGCUCCUCCUCUGCCGACGGCUUCUCCCAAGUGGGGCCCAUCAGUACCCUGGGCAAAGUGCCCAUCUCCGGGCCCGGCCCCCCCGCCUGCUCCUCGGGGUGUGAGGAGUCGAGCCCGCGGGCCAGGGGGGGCAGGUCGGACACCCCCUCGUGGCCCCAGUCCGACCGCGGGGGCCUCGGGCCCCGGCUGUGCCCCCACGGCCCCGCCGUGGCCCCGCUCCACCUCCCGGCCUUCCCGUUCCUCCUCCUCCGACAUGGAGGCACCAACGUCUCAGUCUCGUCAUUGGAGAAGUUGGCCUUCCUCUUCCGGCCAGACGCUGGCAUCGCCUGCGAGGCUGCGGCAGAGGUGGAAGGGGCACAAUUGAACCUCGGUCCCCACUCCUCUCUGUCAGCUCCUGGGGGGAACAUGGGGCUGCGGGAGCCCGAGGGAGCCGCGGAGGAGGGAGCCGAAGCAAGAGCCCCCGAGGCAUCCAUGGCAGGGGAGGCUUGGGCCGGGGAGGAUCUAAAGAGCCGCUUCGGGACACCACGCGGCGCGGGGGCACCGCAUCCCCUCGCCCCGGCUCGAGACCACCUGGGAGGGGAGAAAAGGAAAGGGCAGCGGGGUGUCCCCAAGGAGGGCUUUCCCAGCACCGGCUGUCACCAUGUGCACCACGUCCUCCAGCUCGUAGAAGGCCUGGAAGAGGUCCGGAGAGGUGGCCCGGCACUCCAGGUACCGGCGCAGCGUGGCCAAGCUCCCCCAGACCUCCCGCUGCGAGGGGCAGGGCGGCGCCGCGGGGGGCUCUGCCCCGUCCUCACCCUCCGCCGUCCCCGCGUCCCCAUCCACCGGCUCCCCGCUGUGCUCCAGCUCCCCGUCCAUCGGCUGCUCCCGACUGAGCAGGCCGGGCACCGGGGCAUCGGAGCUGGCAUCGGGGCUGAGACCGGCAGCACGGAAGCAGCUGGAGAUGAGCCCCGGGCGCACGUCUCCCCAGGCUUGUGCCAGCAUGUGCAGCACAUCCAGGAGCGUCGGCUGCUCCACGCCGCGCUCCACGGACAGCCACCGCAGCAGCCGGCACCGGUAGUGGCCCUUCAGGUCGCUGGCGAUGCCGUGGUCCAGGGGCUGGGCCGAGGAGGCGGCCGGCGGGAUGAAGACCAUCCUGACGUUGGAAAGCUGGAGGUAGGGAUGCGCCUCGUGCUUGGCGAGGAGGAGGAGGACGCUCUUCCCGCGCCGCCGCAUCCCCUCGUUGAGCUCCCGCAGCCACUCGGUGAAGAGCGGGGCGGUCAGGCCGGCCCGGCUGCCCGCGCGGUAGCUCCAGGGCAUCUGCUCCAGGUGGACGCCCCGCAGGCAGCGGGGCCGGGCGCUCUCCCCCACCGCCCGCAGCGGGACCUUCUCGGAGCCGUCGGCGUUGGCGCAGAGCAGCAGGGUCAGCCGCUCCCCGGGCAGGAGCACCCCGCUCUCCCCGCAGGCGUAGAUCUGGGCGGGCGCGUAGCUGCGGAGCAGGCCGGGCAGCACCGCGCCGGCCCAGUGCUCUGCCGUGGGCUGCUCCGCGUCCCCUUCCUCCGGCCGGGGCCCUUUGAAGGGCAGGUUGCGGCGAGCCCCGAAGCGAGCCAGCCAGCCGCUGCUGGCCCCCGGGUCGGGCCGGCCCAGCGCCCGGGCGAGGUGCGGGGCCUCCGGCGGGGGCAGGGGGCCGCUGCGGGGCAGGCGGGCGGCGCGGGAGCCCUCCACCCAGCGCAGCAGGGCGGCCUCCGGGGCCGCGUCCUUCCCGUCCCGCUUGCGCUUGCGGUCGGGGUCUCCGCUGCGGUGCCACUCGCUCAGGAUCCUCUCCCUGUUCUUGAUGAUCCGACAGAUCUGGGGCUGGGACACGCCGAAGCGAUCCGUCCCCGCACCGGAGCCCCGUCCCCGGUGCCAUCCAGCGCCGCGUCCCGCUCACCCUGGGAAGGGCCGGCGGGCGCUGUGCGAGGCCGCGGGCUCCGGUGCCCCCCGCAGCCCCCCGCUGCCGCCCCGCGCUCCGCCUCAGCCAGGAUGUCGGGUUUGGUGACGGUGGAGCCUGCCACGGGGACAAGAGGUGAAGCCGCCGGUGCUGCCGCCGCUCGGCGCCACAGCGGCCGGUCAGGACGGGCCUGGGCUGCCGUCCCUCGCCACGGCCUCCCCGUGGGGGUGGGGACACCGGGACACCGGCUGCCGCCCGGCGCCCCCGCGGCCACCGGCUCCCGCCAGGACCGGCGGUGCCAAGGCGGGUGCCGAGCGGGGCCCGCGAGCCUCACCCAGGGCGAUGGGGCGCUCCCGGUCCUCCUUCAUGGCACCGGCACCGCUCCUCGGGGAGACGCAGCAGCUGCUCCCGGUGCCGCUCCCGGCGAGGCCGCACCGACGGGAGGCACGGUGGCGCCCCGCCGCCCCCCGCCCGCCGCGCCCCGCAGGGCCAUGGCCGACUGGGCCCCCGCUCAGGAGCUGGAGUGGGAGAUGGAGUCCCAGGAGCUGGCCCUGGAGCAGCCCCCGCCCGCCCCCGAGCAGGGCCCCGCCGAGGAGGCCGAGCUGCCGGCCGCCGAGAUCUCCCUGACGCUGGUCACCGAGAUCCAGGCCGUGGACAGGAAGGUGGACGCCCAGGCCGCCCAGCUGAUGAACCUGGAAGGGAGGAUGAGGAUGGCGGAAACCAAGCUGAUCGGCUGCGAAAAAACGGCGGUGGAAUUCGGGAACCAGCUGGAGAGCAAGUGGACAGCGCUGGGCACCCUGAUCCAGGAGUACGGGCAGCUGCAGAAGAGGCUGGAGAACAUGGAGAACCUGCUGAAGAACAGGAACUUCUGGAUCCUGCGGCUGCCCCCGGGGGCGAAGGGGGAAGUCCCCAAGGUCCCCCUGGCCUUCAACGACGCCUCGUUUAGCUUUGAGGAGGAGGAGUGGAAGGGCCUGAACGAGUGGCAGAAGGAGCUGUACCGGCACAUCAUGAAGGGCAACUACGAGGCUGUCGUCUCCAUGGAUGCUGCCAUUUCGAAGCCCGACCUCCUGUCGCGGAUCGAGCAGGGAGAGGAUCCCAACGCGGAGGACCCGGAUGACUCGGAGGGAGGAGACACCCCCACAGACCCCAGCAGUGAGUUUUUCUUCCCUGGUCCUGACGACGUGUCCUGGAGUAAAUACGAAGAGACUCUGGUUGAAAGUCACGAGGGCUCCGAGGAGGAGGAGAGCAUGGAGGUCCCCAGUGCCUAUGAACAGCAGUGUGAUGAGGAAGGUCCCGAGAGCCUUGAGCUUCCCAGCUCCUUGUCGGGAAAGUGGGAAGAAGUUUUCUCCAGCCCAGAGGAGGAGAUGAAAUCCAACAGCAAGGGCCGGGGCGGCUCGACCCCGCAGCAGAGAACCGGCAACGGGCUGAGGCGUUCCUCCCGCCGCGGGAGGGACCCGGGCAAGAAGGAUCUUCCCGAGGACCUGGCUGUGGAAGAGGGGCCCUACAUCUGCUGCGAGUGUGGGCAGAGCUUCCUGGACAAGGAGCUCUUCGCCAGCCAUCAGAAGGAGCACGCCAGCGAGGAAGCCUGCACGUCCCUGGAGCCCGGGGAGAGCUUCCGGCAGAAAUCCAAAGGGACCCCAACGAAAGGCCAAGGCCCUUCCCGCUCCAAGCCCUCCAAGCGCCCCGACGGGGAGAAGAGCUCUGCUUUCAAGUAUGGCAUCGUCAGGCACCAGGUGAACAACAUGGUGGAGAGACCCUACACCUGCUCCCAGUGCAAGGAGAGCUUCAGCCUGGAGGUGAGCCUCAUCCUGCACCAGAAGCUCCACACGGGGAAGGGCGACGGGCCGCUGACCUGCACCUACUGCGGGAAGGACUUCCGAGACCUCUCCAAAGCCAUCCGGCACCAGCGCAUCCACACCGGGGAGAGGCCCUACCAGUGCACCGAGUGUGGGAAGAGCUUCAUCCGCCGGGACCACCUGCUGAAGCACUGGCGGGUCCACACCGGGGAGACCCCCUACCAGUGCCCCGUCUGCGGGAAGCACUUCCGCUACAAAGAGUCCCUCAACUGUCACCAGAAGAUCCACUCCCGCAACCCCCGGCCCCUGGAGGAUUCGCAGCACAACCUGGAGUCGGGGACCCAAACCCCCCAUUUCUGUGUGAAAAAAGAAACUACCCCCGGUUCCCCUCGCAGCCCCGCCUCGCGCUGGGAGGCGAGGGUCCCGCUCCCGGGGCCCCCCCCGCAGCCGCAGGGGCCGCCCCGCUGGGUCGGGCCGGUGGCGGGGCCGGGCGGGGCGGGCGGGGGGGGCCCCGACGGUGCGGGGCGGGCGGGCGCUGAUGCCGUCGGCGCGGCAGGGGGCGCUGCGCGGCGGCGGGGGCGCCGCUCCAGCCCCGCCCGCCCGGGGCCCCGGUGCGGCUGGCGCGGUGGCCGCGGCCCCGCCCGCCCCCUGCCGGCUCGGCGGGGCAGCGGCGGGGCCGGAGCGCCCAGCGCGGAGCGGCGGAGCCGGGACCCGCAGCCGCGAUCAUCGGUCUCUCGCCGCCGCUGCCCCCUCCCGCCUCCCCGCCCCGCCGCCGCCUCCUCCUCCCCCGGUCGGCUCGGCCCCGCCCCGCCCGCCCCACCGCCGAGCCGCGCCGCCCGGGGCCCAGCCCGAUGCCCGGCGGCGGGCGGAGGUGAAGGAGCGAACGGGCGCUGGAUCCUCCCGGCCGCGGCCCCCGGGGCCCCGGGCAGGGAACAAAGGGCCAUGGCCGAGGGGGCUCCCGCUCAGGCGCCGGAGCCGGUGCUGCCGCCGCGCUGCCCCUCGCCCCUCCGGCCGCGGGCCGGGCCCGAGCGCACCUCGGAGCGGGAGACACAGACGGCCGAGCUGUCCCUGACGGUGGUGGCGGCCGUGCAGGCGGUGGAGAGGAAGGUGGAUUCCCAUUCCACCCGCCUCCUGGACCUGGAGGGUCGGACGGGGAUGGCGGAGAAGAAGCUGAUCGACUGCGAGAAGACGGCGGCGGAGCUGGGGAACCAGCUGGAGAGCAAGUGCGCGGCGCUGGGCACCCUGAUCCAGGAGUACGGGCUGCUCCAGCGGCGCCUGGAGAACAUGGAGAACCUGCUGAAGAACAGGAACUUCUGGAUCCUGCGGCUGCCCCCGGGCAGGAAGGGGGAAGUCCCCAAGGUGCCGGUGACGUUUGAUGACGUGUCCGUGUACUUCAACAACAAGGAGUGGGAGAAGCUGGAGGAGUGGCAGAAGGAGCUGUACAGGAAUGUGAUGAAGGGGAACUACGAGUCACUGAUCUCCCUGGACUAUGCAAUUUCCAAACCUGGUGUUAUGUCCCAGAUGGAGCAAGGGGAGGAAUCGCGGGGCAGGAACGAGCAGGACUUGGAGGAGAGUGAGAUCAUUACUGAUGCCACCGCAGCUGGAAUCAGGGUGGUGAUCAAAACGGAGGAGCUGCUGCCUGAAGACAGCCCUGAGAACCCCGAGCUGCACGGGAUGUCGGGGCAGUCAGAGGGGAGUUUCCAGAGCCCGGAUGAGGAAGCAGCCUGUGAGAGCCCCUACGGAUCCGUGUCCCCUCCCAGGGACCUCCCGGGAACCAGCCUGGGAGACUCCUCUGAAUACGGCACCGACUUCAACGAGAUCCAGAGGGUCAUUGUCCACCACGGGAGCUGCACGGAGGACGGGAUCGUGAUCAAGACGGAGGAAGAGGAGGAGGAGGAGGAGGACCCGGACAGCCUGGAGCCCUGUGCCAUGUUCUCGGGCAGGACGGAGCCGCCGGCGUUCCCCAGCCACGAGGCCGGGCUGGGCUGCGAGGCCCAGUGCAGCUCCAAGGCGCAGCAGCCCCGGGGCCUGGCGGCCGCCCGCGUCAGGAAACCCUCGGCCUGCGAGAGGGAUCCCGGGGAGAUGAAACCAGCCAUGGGCCAGCAGCGGAACCGGACCAGGGAGAGACCCUACAUCUGCCCCGAGUGUGGGAAGAGCUUCAUGCUCAAGAUCAACUUCAUGAUCCACCAGCGCAACCACCUCAAGGAAGGGCCCUACGAGUGCCACGAGUGCGACCUCAGCUUCCGCAACAAGCAGCAGUUCCUGCUGCACCAGCGCAGCCACACGCGCCGGGGCGUGGGGGUCCCGCGGCGCCCCGAGCACGGCCUGAAGCCCCAGGCGCGGCCCCCGCCCCCGGGGAAGCCCUACAAGUGCUCCGAGUGCGAGAGCAGCUUCAGCCACAAGUCGAGCCUCAGCAAACACCAGAUCACCCACGUGGGCGAGCGGCCCUUCACCUGCGGCGAGUGCCGGCGCAGCUUCCGCCUGCAGAUCAGCCUCAUCAUGCACCAGAGGAUCCACGCCGGCAAGAGCGAGAUGGCUUUUCUCUGCCCCCAGUGCGGGAAGAACUUCACCCGGCCCUCCCACCUCCUGCGGCACCAGCGGACUCACACCGGCGAGCGGCCCUACCAGUGCAGCCAGUGCGAGAAGACCUUCAGCGAGAAGUCCAAGCUGACCAACCAUUACCGCAUCCACACGCGGGAGCGCCCGCACGCCUGCGCCGUCUGCGGGAAGGGCUUCAUCCGCAAGCACCACCUGCUGGAGCACCAGCGGAUCCACACGGGCGAGCGGCCCUACCACUGCACCGAGUGCGGCAAGAACUUCACCCAGAAGCACCAUCUCCUGGAGCACCAGCGGGCGCACACCGGCGAGCGGCCCUACCCCUGCACCGAGUGCACCAAGUGCUUCCGCUACAAGCAGUCCCUCAAGUACCACCUGAGGACGCACAUGGGAGAGUGAGGGGCUGCCCACGGCUUCCUCUCCCUCCUCUCCCUCCCUCCAUCCCUUCCUCCAUCCCUCCUCCUCUUCCUCCUCCUCGUCCUCCCCUCAUCUCUCCCACCCUCCCUCCAUCCCACCCCACCCCACCACCACCCCGGCUCAGGGCAUGGACAUCAAGGAAGCUUCGUGUGGUAGCGCCGCUGGUCUGGUGGAGACGGCUAGGCUGAUUGGAAAUAAAUUAAUUAAUUAAACCAA